CAGGAACAGAGACAGACUGUGUGUGAGAGAGAGAGAGACUGCGCAGAAGCUGCAGCAAUAACUUGUCCUCAUUCACUCUUUCAUUCAACGGCUUCGGUCUCUAUGUCUGUGCAGCUUCAGUUUCCAAACAUUUAAGACCUGCGAUCCCUGGUCCUUCGGAAAUGGCCUCUGAAUCGACAUCACCACAGUCUGCUGCACCUUCCCAGUCAGCCCCAUUAUCACCGUCGUCUGCAGUUCUUCACUCUCCCGAAGAUGCUAAGAUGAGGGAGCGUUCUCCUUCGCCAAUGAGGGGGUUCCUUAUCCCCAGCCCUUUACCAACCAGGAGGUCCCGGACUAAAUCUGCAACCGCUCGAGCAGCAGAAGGACCAGUCUUCAAAGGAACUUGUAAGUGCUUUUCGCGUUCGAAAGGUCAUGGAUUUAUCACCCCUGUGGACGGAGGACCAGAUAUCUUUGUUCACAUCUCUGAUAUCGAAGGAGAAUAUGUCCCAAUGGAGGGGGAUGAGGUCUCUUACAAGCUGUGUUCCAUUCCUCCCAAAAAUGAGAAGGUACAGGCUGUCGAAGUGGUCAUCACCCACCAAGCACCAGGAACAAAGCAUGAAACAUGGUCUGGACAUGUCAACUUAUAAGAAUGGUCAACUAUCCUAACCUACUAUCCAGCACGGAGGUUUAAGUAUGAGCAAAUAUCAGAGUUAAGUGUUUGAGCAGUAGGCAUUCUAUCUGUAUAUUUGAAAGAUUAAAAGCAUCUUUUACAAGGUGUGGUGUUUUAAACAUAUAAAAGUUAUUCAUUAAACAACAAUUGGUUAUUAAGUUUCAACAUCACUCACACCUUCCAAAAUUUCCACUGCAGUUUCUGAGCUGGUGAAUGUACAUAUAGAACUUUGUAUCAGGGAAUCAUGAUUUGUCCCCUCUCUAAAGAAUGUGUGCAGAGAAUAGUUGUCAUUCAGAAACAAGCACAUUGGAAGCUGCAUUUUCUUAUGAAGCAGCUGUGAGUUGGAAAUGUACUUCAAACUGCAUUGCCCUACACACUUAUUUAGUUAGCCUUAAUUCCAUUUGAAUCUUUUACACAGUCAAUCAUGCGUGUAAUUUAUUGAUUUAAUCAUUUAAAAAUGUAUUUACCCUCUAACAUUUUCAUCUUAGCUCUGCUCUCGUCUGCAUGAUCCAUUGCUCAAGGUUCAUCGUGUGAGCAGGUGAUCGGCCUGUGCCAUAACCCUCUCCAAACUAGCCAGCAGGAGAUGAAAGAGCACUACGGUUUCCCCUCUUUCAAUUCAAUCUUUAUGUGAACUCAAUGGAGUAUGUGAUCAUGCUUUAUCACUCAGUAUUGUCAAUGUUCUAUAAUGUACAUUAGUUAAAAGGUUUAUGAUAUUUCAAUACAUAGAAAGCUUUGACAGUUGUACCCAUAUUAACUCAACACUGCUAAUUUCUGGAUGGCUGGGAUCUAACCACUCAGCACAUAAUGUUUUUAAUCAGUACAGUUUUAAAGAAAACAGAUAUUCUUACUAUAACUUUAUGGUGUAUUGCCUGAUUGGGAAUACAGGUGUGAAUAAGGUGGCUGUUCACUGCUGUGAAACUUGCAUAUACCAACUGAGAUUAUUAGUAUAAAUACACAUAGAUAUCUGGAAGGUAUUUCUCUUUAAAGAAAAUAUGGCAUACCCAUCACAUUCUUAUGAGUUUUAAUUUUUGGUCAACCAUUUAGAAUAUUGCAGUAAUUAGUUACUGGGCAACCUUUUUAAAGAAAAAACAGUUGUCCUUAUAAGUGAUAUGGCAAAAAUAGCUUGACAAUUUUUUUUUUGCCUGUGCCUUUUCACAAGACAACAUAAGCUCUUGCAAAUCUGUGAUUAAAAUUGAAUUUUUCAGUGCUGUAAUUGUCUUGCACACUUUUAAAUCUGACAACUUUCAUCAAGAUAAUCAAUCAAGCAAACCAAGCUAUGUUCAAUGUUGUGAUUCUCAAAUGGAUAAUGAAUGUGUGGUGGAAUUAUGGUGAGUGACAGUCUGAGAUAGAAAAUAUUAUUUCCACUUGAUGUUCAUAUCCAUUUAAUUAAAAAUGGAGGUUGAUUACUUGUAUUUAUCCUGCGAGUGAGGCAUUCCUUGUCAAAUUUGCCUUUGUUUCUUAUUCUAAGUUACCAAAAGCUUAACAGUAUAAUGAAGAAAUGAAUUUACAUUUAAAAUUAAUAGAUGUUUGGUUUGCAGUGUAAGAAAAGCUUUUAAGGAUUUGUGCACAAAUGUUACUGUCAUGUUGUGGAACCUAUUUGGAAACAAAAUUACCAUUUUUUCUGGUUAAACAUUACAAUUUUGUGUGUAACUGUUAGUGUCUACCAGAAGAUCAGGUUAAAAAUCUAUUUCAAUAAAUUCUUCUUGAUUUUAAUUCUCUGCUAUAUUAAGAGUCGAGGGUUCUAGUCAACUGAUUUCGGUUUAAGAGAGUGAUUUUUUUUCCACAAGUCUCCCCCUCAGUUCCCUUUCUUUUAAACUGCUCUAAGUCAAUAUUAAAUGUAGAAAACUCUCAAUUCAUGAGUAGAAUGCAAUGAAAAACUUGCUCUGUGUAUUGAUUUAAAACCCAAAUAAUUGCUGUUACUAGAAAAGGUCUGGAUCCUAGAUGCCUCCUGUAUUUUCAUUGGAAAAUACCAGUGAAGGCAGAAUUGAUUGCACUGCCUGUAAAAGGCAUUUGAUGUAAAAGAGACUAAUUAUGUUGCUGUGUCUUCUUCAAACACCUUGCUUUUUGUGAAGAAUGUUUUAAUUUGGUUAUUCUUCAGUGCCUUAGUCUCUGAUUAACACUAUUUGGACAAAAUAGAAGCAGAAUCCAUUUUACCCCCAUGGCAAAAUCAGUCAUCAGUUUAUAUUUAUAGGUAUGAAUAUUGUAUUGAUGUAUUGUGCAUUGUACUUCAGCUGCAAUCCAUUACAUUUGAACUAUAAAAUUAGAAUUGGAGUUAACUUUGAGAAUCAACGUGCCUUUUGAUAGUUACGUGUAAACUGCUAUCCAUGUAUUUCUGAUUAUUUGGGGCAAAUAAAAGUAUAAAAUGUUUGAAUAAA